GUACCGUAUAACCUGAUGUUCGCUUUUACCAAUUCUACAUAUUACAUGUCUUCAUCAUUUUACCGGCGACGUUGUGUCGAAACUAUUGUUCAAUUGAUGACGUGUGGGUCGACGCUAGACAUCAAGUAGUAGUUUGUGAACUUAUACAAUGGAAGUUCGUCGCAGGCGAAGGAUUCAAGAUAAGCAAUCGCAAAUACAAAGCGCCAAGUUUGAUUACGAACAUAUUUCUGCCAAUUGUAUCGAAAGCAUUCAACAGGAUCAGCAGAAGGAUGGAGAAAUUGUUCCACGUUUAAAUGAAAAAUUUAAUACAGUUGAAAAACCAGCAAACACAGUGCCACGAACCCGAAUUAAAAUAAGUCUUGAAAUUGAUUUAAUUUCAGUUAUUUUAUUAGUAACCGGAAUUAUUACCCGGCUUUAUCGUUUAGAAGAACCUCGAAGUAUAGUAUUUGAUGAGUUACAUUAUGGAAAAUAUGUUGGACUUUAUAUGAAAAGAACGUUUUUUUUCGACUCGCAUCCUCCAUUAGGAAAGCAAGUUAUUUCCGUAGCAGCGUAUUUAGCUGGUUUCGAUGGACAAUUUAAAUUUGAUAGAAUUGGAAGUCCUUAUACUGAUAUUGUUCCUUUGUUUGCAUUAAGAUUAGUGCCGGCGUUAUGCGGUAGUCUUCUACUUCCGACGGCCUAUCACUUACUUUUAGAAUUAGGUUUGAAGCAAUGGACUGCUGCAUUAGCAGGAAUUUUAAUAUUAUUUGACAAUGCUCUCUUAACUCAAUCUAGAUUUAUCUUAAUGGAAAGUAUUCUAAUGCAAUUUUCAUUAUUUGGAUUAAUAUGUAUCAUGAAAUUUAGAAAAGUAAUGGAUCAACCAACAAUUUUUUCAUGGUGGAUAUGGCUAAUUUUGGGUAUUGCCAGCUUAACAUGUGCAUUAUGUGUAAAAUAUGUUGGAUUAUAUUCGCUGAUUCUUGCCCUGUCUUUAAUUGCUUAUGAUUAUUGGAAUCUAAUACCAAGAAAAACUUUAUCUACCACAGUAUUAUGUAUCUAUCUUGUAAUAAGAUUUGUUGUAAUAUUUGGUGUUAUUUGUAGUGUUUAUUUGACUGUAUUUUAUAUACAUUUAACAAUACUCUCUAAAGCUGGACCACAUGAUUCUGUAAUGACAAGUGCCUUUCAAGCAAGUCUGGAUGGUGGUCUUGCUAGUAUUACAAAGGGUCAACCUUUAGAAGUUACACAUGGGUCACAAAUUACUUUAAGACACACAUAUGGAAGAGCUUGUUGGCUUCACAGUCACAAUCAUAUGUAUCCAUUAAGAUAUCCGGAUGGUAGAGGUAGUUCUCAUCAGCAACAAGUUACAUGCUAUUCUUUUAAAGAUGUAAAUAAUUGGUGGAUUGUAAAGAGGCCAGAAAGAAAUGAUUUAGUUGUUACAAAACCUAGUGAGUCAAUAAAACAUGGAGAUGUAAUACAAUUAGUACAUGGAAUUACAAGUCGGGCAUUGAAUUCACACGAUGUUGCCGCUCCGAUGACACCUCAAAGUCAAGAAGUGUCUUGUUACAUUGAUUAUAAUGUAUCUAUGUCUGCUCAAAAUCUUUGGAGGGUAGAAAUUACUAACAAAGAUAGCGCUGGAGAUGUCUGGCAUGCGAUUCAAAGUCAGAUACGUUUAAUACACGUAAAUACGGAUUAUGCGCUAAAAUUUAGUGGAAGACAAUUACCUGAUUGGGGUUUUAAUCAACACGAAGUGGUAGCGGAUAGAUUCGUGGAUCAGACAGAUUCUAUAUGGAAUGUUGAAGAACAUAGAUAUACUAAAAGCGAAGAUCAAAAACAGAGAGAAAGAGAAUUAAUCAAUGCUGAAAUGAUUCCAUUACAAGCUACCACUUUAAGUUUUUGGGAGAAAUUUGUAGAAUUGCAGAUAAAAAUGUUUUUUAGUGGUCAGGAAGGACAAAACAGUCAUAUGUAUUCUAGUGAUCCUUUAGAUUGGCCUUUGAUGUCUAGAGGAAUUGCAUAUUGGGUUUCAAACGACAGUAAUGCUCAAGUACAUCUUUUAGGAAACAUAGCAAUUUGGUAUUCUGGAACAGGCUGUGUAAUUAUAUAUUCACUUCUAUUAAUUUUUUAUAUGUUAAGACGAAGACGAAUGUGUUUUGAUAUUGCACAAGAAGAGUGGAAUAAAUUUUCUAAUGUAGGAAGUAUCUUUUUAGCUGGGUACUUAUUACAUUUUUUACCUUUCAUGUUUGUUGAAAGAACCCUCUUUCUUCAUCAUUAUUUACCAGCAUUUAUUUUUAAAAUACUGCUUACAGCAGCAACAAUAGAACACUUAUACUACUUAAUUGGAACUCGAUGUCAAAAUAAUUGUUUAAUGUACAUAUUAAAAUGUGGUACCCUUAUAUGGCUACUUUUCGUUAUUUAUGUGUUUAAAAAAUUUACAGUAUUCAGUUAUGGAACAACACAUUUAAGCGCCAAGGAAGUUUUAAAGUUAAGGUGGAGAGAUACAUGGGACUUUAUUAUACAUAAAACAUAAGAAAAAAUUAAAUACUCAGAAAUAAUCAUA